CGAAACUCGGAUGAAAUAGAACUCGAUAUUCUAGUCUCGCGUUGCCUCUGUGCAUAUAACGAAAUCAGCAGAGCGAAAAGUCGGCUUGCGGUGUAAUUAAUGUAAACAUACAUAUGCCAAAAAUAUUAUCAAGGCUGAAAAACAAAUUUCAAAUCACAAUAAUUAAGCAUCGCUAAGGUCAGUGAAGUGCGUUAUAAAGCUCAAACUAAUAACAAGAUUAUAUAGUGCUGUGAUCGAUGAAAGCAAGUGCAUCAAUUUAAGCAAACUAAGUUUAGCAAUUUGAAUAAAAAUGGCGGAGAAGGCAUCUUUAGCCCAACUCAGGAGUUUGGAAUGGAGGCGUUUGUUCAACAUGUUCUACAUAGAACCGGUGAUUUUCAUGCUGAUAUUUUCGUCAAUGCUGUCAGGUAUUGUCAUGCGCAAUCAGUUGAUUUAUCAGACCUGCACGGUCAUAUUCCAGUACAAUGAAACCGAUUGCGAGCUAUUGGAUAGCAAUAACGCCAGCGCCGAAAUACAUGCCAUUGAGACGGAGCUGCAGGAGUACGUGGCCGACAUGUUCCUAACCCGCACGCUCUUCGAGAGCAUCGUGCCCGGCAUAUGUGGCCUAUUCGUCGGUUCCUGGUCGGAUCAUUAUGGCCGCAAGCCCCUGGCGAUUGUCUCCAUGGUGGGCUUCUCUGCCUCUUCACUGCUCUCGUCCGCCAUCUGCUGGCUGUCCAGUUACUACAUGGUUAAUCCCUGGUGGUACACCUUGGCAGCCCUGCCACAAUCUUUGCUCGGCGGAUCGUGCGUCUUUUCCGUGGCAGUCAUGUGCUUCAUCACGGACACAACGGACAUGAAGACCAGACCCUACAGAAUGAUCUUCUUGGAGCUCAUAGCAUUUGUGGCCCAUACGAGUGGCUCCUUAUUAUCCAGUUUUGUCUAUGCAGCCACUAGUGCCGCCUUUGUACAGAGUCUCUCCUGUUUGAUAGUUGUUGUGGCCACACUAUUUAUUAUCUUUUACCUGCCCGAAAGUCUUGGAAUGUGUCCAGAUAAGGACGAAACACCUGAAGCACCUGAAAAAGAAAAGGAAAUCGUUGUCACACCUGAAACACCUGAUAAAGAAAAGGAAAUCGUUGUCACAUCCGAAACACUCGAUAAAGAAAAGGAAAUCGUUGUCACAACUGAAACACCUGAAAAAGAAAAGGAAAUCGUUGUCACAGUUUCGGAUCAGAAAAUGAAUGAAGCAUCAACUGAAGCAUCAGUCGACAAUCGUGAGGAUCCCCCCAAAUACGAGUCCAUAGAAAAACCUCCCUUGGAAGGAGCUGAAGCUGAAGAAGCUGGUUUGUUCAGCUUUAAACACAUCAAGGACAUGUUUAGCACCUGCUUGAAGAGGAGGGAAAACAAUGCUCACACCAUUAUUUGGCUGGUUACUUUGGCCGGCUUUGUCUCGAUUUUUGUCGGCGAUGGCGUCAUGACUGUUUGGUACUUGUUUGUGCGCCAACAGUUUCACUUCACAGUGCGUGACUUUACUAUUUUUAAUACUGUCAGUCAAUCAGUGCCCAUGGUGGGUGCUAUUUUGGGUAUUCUUAUUCUGCGAAAGCUGUUGGGACUGUCUGUGGUCACCAUGGCCUUACUGUCUCUCAUUUCGGAGGUGGCUUGCAAUAUUGCCAGAGGAUUUGCCUACCUGCCUUGGCACCUCUACGCAUCUGUUGCCCUCGGAGUCUUUCGCUCCAUUGAGGGACCCAUGUGCCGCACCAUUGUAUCGAAUAUAGUUCCUGCCUCCGACACUGGUAAACUGUUUGCCAUCGGCAACAUCGUGCAAUCAUUCGCCCCCUUUGUCGCCGCUCCUCUGUACACGGCCAUCUAUAAGGGAUCCCUGGCCAGCAAUCCUGGAGGAUUUAAUUUCCUCAGCGCCGCUUUAUAUUUGAUAGCGUUUAUCCUGAUGGGCUGUGUGAUGCGAAUUAAAUUGAAGCACCGAAAGUUCUACGCCAAGACGCUCAAAUAGCCAAGUAAACUGAAUUUCCAUCAAUAUUGAUUGUGGCAAGUUUGCCAACUUUCCAGUGCUUUGUUUAUGCUUAAGUCGAAAACUUUGUGUGGACAGCAUUAAAUCACUGGGUUUUGUGUGCAGCAGCACUUCUCUGUA